UCUUUGCGUCAACUUGGAAAUGUCCAUCUCGCCCCCAACCAUAUGACCCUGCUCGCCUUUGAAUUCUUCUCCUCUAGAAUCACUCCUUUGAAUUCUCCUCUCUUUUGUCCUCUUCUUCUUCUCAUUACAUCUGCAAAUCCUCACUCCUUUUAUUUUUUUCUGAUAUAAAAGAGAGUAGAGAUGUCAAGCUUGGGCGGCAACAGUGGUGGCAGGAACAUGGGUGCACCCUUUUUCCAUGAGUUCAAGAAACAGGCUUCUUUCUUCUUCAAGGAGAAGAUCAAGACUGCUAGAUUGGCUCUUACGGAUGUUACACCUGCACAACUGUUGACGGAGGAGGUCACUGGUGGGAAUCCUUGGUCUGCGGACACGAGAACCAUGGGCUUGAUAUCGAGGGCGGCCUUUGAAGUGGAUGAUUAUGGGAGAAUUGUGGAGAUUCUGCACAACAGAUUGUUGAGAUUUGAUAGGAAGAAUUGGAGGGCCUUUUACAAUUCUCUGAUCCUCCUUGAGCACCUGCUGACUCAUGGGCCAGAGAGUGUUGCAGGCGAGUUUCAGAGUGAGAAAGGUGUCAUUGAGGAGAUGGGAAGUUUUCAGUACAUAGAUGAGAAAGGGUCUGUUUUGAUUUUACUUUUUUCUGGGUUUGUGUUAUUAGUAUUAGGAUUGGUUAUCUCAUGCUCUGAUGUUUCUAAGCGCAGAUUCAACUGGGGCCUGACUGUUAGGAAGAAAUCUGAGAGGGUAUUGAAGUUGCUCCAGAAAGGGCCUCUUCUCAAGGAAGAAAGGAACCGAGCUAGAAAGCUAACGAGAGGGAUUAAAGGCUUCGGGAGCUUCACCCAGAAGUCUUCCUCAGCGCAAGGAAUUUUGCGUGAAUCAUCCUUCCAUGGAAGGUGUACUUCACAUUUAAGUGAUGAUGAAAAUCAGUUAACCAGUGAUGAAGGCUCAACCAGAAGAGGGGUUGGAAAAUCACAGCAAACACAAGAAGAUAAUGCCAUACUGGCUGUUGGCGAGAAAGCUGAGAAUUCUAACACCUGGGGUAGUUUUAGUAAUGGAGACAUACUCAAGAAAUGCGAAAACCAAACUAGUUUCAAAGAGAACAUGGUACUUGUAGUGAGAGACCUACAUGAAUGGAGUUGCACAGGGGAGUCUAAGCCUCUUUUGGAUGGUAACAGAAAUGAGCCAAGGACAGCAGUUUCUGUGGAUGAAGAUCACCCCUUCAAUCACGCUGAGAAUCAAACCACAGCAUCACUGCUUUCAACCAGAAAUGAAAUCCUGCAAGGAUGCUGAGGAACUAGAUUAUGGUAUAUACAAGUGAAGUCUGCAAGCCUCUUCAUCAUACAUAGAAGAGCCAAGGUUCUGUUUUGCCUGUGGUCCUAUGUGGGCUUUGAAGGAUACAUUCUAUAGAGGAGAAUGGCAUUGAAAGCUUGCAGGGAUGUCGAGGAACUAGAUUAUAGCAUACAUGACUGAAGUUGUCUGCAAGCUACUUUACCAUAUGGACAAGCGUUCUGUGUUUCCUGCUAUGGUGUGUGUGUGGGCUUUAAUGUUAGAUUCUAGACAGAAGAAUAUCAAUGGUGAGGUUCUGUUCUAUUUAUGUUUUAAAGGAACUUCUGACAUUGACUAUAACUAUUUUGAUUGACAAAAAAAAAGAUUAUGUUGAAAUAGAACAGAAUUCAAUAACAGCAAA